GUCGAGCGCUGUUCCUCGCCUUGCACCUCCGUUCACCGAUCGGCCUCUUUUGCUGGAAGGCUAACCCGCUUCUGACCAGUUCACUCCCUCAGGCCCGACACUACAUCGCGAAGCCUACACACAAAGACCCCAACAAACACUCCGACGCCGGAGAGACUCCCGAAGGUGCACCGCGCCGAAGCGCCGAAUCUAUAGACGACCCAUCAUAUACACAACUUCCGACAAGCUGAAAAGGCUGCCCAACGGUAUUCUCCUUGCCACUCGGAACCAACUGGUUCUCGACAUGGCCGCGUCUAUACCCAACUCGAGCGCAGGGCCCUUCAGUAGUUCGCCAUACACCCCCACAUUCCGGGCACCCUCGAUGAUAAACUCGUCCUUCAAGAUCGACGAGGGGUACUCCGAGGAGACUCGCAGCCAGACGGGGAGCGACACGGUAAUGCGAACGGACUCGAGGUUAGGCGAAGGGCUUGACCAAGAAGCCCAGUAUGUUCUGCCGGACUACAUACUGGGCAUGAGUGAGGGCGAACGCAGCGAAUUCUGCUAUGCCAUCCUCCGCUCACUGCAGACGUCAUCCAUAGCUGGCCUGGUCGAGAGGCUGAAUCCUCUGCUACAUCUGGAUCCGGUCAUCUAUCUUCCGCCUGAAGUAACUUUCCAGAUAUUUUCCUAUUUGGACCCAGAGACCCUAUUACGCGCCUCGACUCUGUCCAGAUCGUGGCGAUCUCGAACCCUGGAUAGCCCCUUGUGGAAACUACUGUUUGGAUUAGAAGGUUGGACGUCGAAUACACAGCAAGUCCGGAAAUAUGAGGAAGCGGAGAAGCUGCGGAAGGCGGAGAUGAAGGAGCGCAAGACGCGAGCACGAACGGCUGAAGAUAUGGACUAUGAACCGCAAACACACAAGAAACGCAUUAGAGAGAAACCGCUGUUCGGGGAUGGGGCUGCGACGGAUGGAAGCAUACAUAAUCGCCUUCAGCCUCUCACUUUGGACGGUUCACAGGAGGGCACGCCAGCGUGGGGAGAGCAGCACGGCCUUGUGGAGUCUGACGACACUACCACUAAUGGCACUGACGACAAGAUGCAAGACGUUGCAUUCCAUGAUAUCCCGGGCGGAGAUCAAUCCACAAUGUCUCCCCAAACCUCCAACUCGAUAGCUUCUAUCUCGCCGAUGGCCCUGGACCCGCCAGUGAAGCCUUCACUCAUACUUUCAAGCCCCGACGCUAAGAUCAACUGGCAAUACCUUUACAAGCAGAAGCGGAGACUGGAGGAAAAUUGGAAUUCUGGACGCUACUCAAACUUCCAGCUGCCACACCCCAAUCACCAGGAGGAAGCUCACACGGAAUGCGUGUACACAAUACAAUAUUCUGGUAAAUAUCUAGUGAGCGGAAGCCGGGACAAGACGAUCCGGAUCUGGAAUUUGGACACGCAACGACUAGUGCAGCCGCCUCUGGUUGGGCACGCGGCAUCUGUGCUGUGUUUACAAUUCGACGAGAGGCCGGAGCAGGACAUCGUGAUCACGGGUGGCAGCGACUGUCACGUGCUCCUAUGGCGGUUCUCGACUGGAGAACUAAUCAAGAAGCUAGAAAAGGCGCAUUCAGAAUCAGUCCUCAAUCUUCGGUUCGAUGAUACAUAUCUCGUAACAUGCUCCAAAGACAAAACAAUAAAGGUGUGGAACCGCAAGGAGCUGCGGCCAACAGAUGAUGCAUAUCCCAGAACCACGACUGCUGGCGCCCGGUUCCCCUCGUACAUUAUCAACUUGCAGCAGCAGGUAGAAGGUCAGACUCUGCGCGCCAAGUCCCUAAAACCCUACAGUCUCAUUAUGACACUGGAAGGACAUGGGGCGGCUGUCAACGCCAUCCAGAUUCUCGACGGCCGGAUCGUGUCUGCAUCGGGUGACCGUAGCAUCAAGGUGUGGGAUGUGCGCAAUGGUUCUUCAAUCAAGACUUUCACCGGCCACACCAAGGGCAUUGCAUGUGUCCAGUACGAUGGUCGGCGGAUCGUGAGCGGCAGCAGUGACGAGACCGUGCGCAUCUUCUGCAGCGAGACCGGGGCAGAGGUUGCCUGCUUGCAGGGACACAAUAACUUGGUCCGCACAGUGCAGGCCCAGUUUAGCGAUCUUCCUGGAAACGAAAAGGAGCUGGCCGCCGAAGCCAAGGCCAUUGACAUGCAGUUCCUCGAGGCUCGUGAAAAGGGGCUUGUCCCUACCGAGUUCACGAGAGAGCAGCGUCGCGCGCGGAAUGCAGGCUCCCGAGAUCCCAAGGAUAUCUUCGCGUUUGGCGCCAAGCUUCCCCCUGGCGGCGGGUCUAGCCGGUGGGCCCGAAUUGUGUCUGGCUCUUACGACGAGACUGUGAUUAUCUGGAAGCGCGAGAACGAUGGGCGAUGGGCCCCUUCGAAGACGCUUCUCCAGCACGAGGCUGUUCGCGCAGCAGGCGGCCGUCCUCGACGACCGGUCACUCACAACCACCCACCGAUACCGGCUGUCAACGCUGUCAACCAGAAUCAGCCGCAGGCUGUGCCAAUACAGAAUGGCGUUGCUAAUAACUCACACCUGCACCAGGCAUCUCUUGCGCAUGCGACGGCUCAGAGCGCAGCACAAGCUCAGCUGUUCCAGCAUGCACAAGCUCUCCAAGCCGCCGCUCAGGCCGGCCAGCAAGCAGGCCACACAACAACGGUAACGGUCAACGUCGCUGCCACCACCACGAAUCUCCCACACCAGCCCGCGGCUGCCACAACAGCAGCGACGGCCCAGCCAGCUCAGCCAGUACAAGGCCCUCCUCAGCAGAAUCCUAACCCCGCGCCUCACCACCACCAUCAUCACCACCAUCCGGCUCCGCAGCCCGUCGGCGGCCAGGUCAACUCGCGUGUCUUCAAACUACAAUUUGAUGCCCGGCGCAUCAUCUGCUGUAGCCAAGACCCGACGAUUGUGGGUUGGGAUUUUGCGAAUGGGGAUAAGGAUAUCAUCCAGGCGAGCCAGUUUUUCGGAGAGGCGGUCUGAAGGGCAUGCGGCUUAUCGGUAUAUAUUUGCAUGGGAAUUCGGACACAGCAGUAACCCACGGCUCUCCUUUCGCGCGAGAUUCCUUCCUUCUUUGCAGGGCUUCUUUAAGGCUGAAGCUCCAGUUUCUCCCUUUCACGUCUACUUUCUAUGCAGGAUUGUUUAAUCACUCACUUACUCGCUUGCGCACUUCUCUUUGCGCGCGUGACGGGCCGGGCAUUGUGGGAGUUAGAAUUGGCGCAGGAUAGGUCAAAUGUUAGAUGGGCUGAGGUCUCUCUCGGAUCUUACUCUCUGGUUUAUGCACCAUAACGUCACGUCACGAAUAGGAUACAUUUGGGCAUGCACACAUGGCCCGAUUUCUCGGGGUUUUGGUCUCCUUGUAGGGAAGCGAUUAGGAGUGUUAGGUGCUGGCGUGUUGUACAGUCAGGUUGUAGGCGUAGGAGAUCCAAUAUUUGGACGAAGGAGAAUUAAUGAUAAGAUUCAAGACU